AUGGCAUCCACUCGUCCCAUUGUCAAAGUCGCAGCCGUCCAGGCUGCUCCCGUUUCCUUCGAUCUCGAAAAGAGUCUCGAAAAGCUGAGUAAGCUUACGGCGGAAGCCGCAGCGGCAGGUGCCGACCUCGUGGUGUUUCCUGAAGGAUUCUUGUCCGCUUAUCCUUGGAGAUAUGCUUUCGAUGCCACGAUUGGUGCACGGGAGCCUCGAGGGCGUCAAUGGUUUGCAAGGUACUUUGAUUCGGCCGUUGAAGUUCCUUCGCCUGCAUUCGACAUAUUGUCCGAGACAGCUCGGAAGCACAAUGUCCUACUGCAUGUUGGCAUUAUCGAAAAGGCAGGUGGCACGCUUUACUGCACCGCGGUUCUUCUUGACCGGGAGGGCAAAUUGGUGUACAAGCAUCGCAAGCUAAUCCCAACGGCUGCCGAGCGGCUGGUGUGGGGGCGAGGUUCCGGCGAUGGCUUGCAGGUCCAGCAAACUGAUAUCGGCAAGGUCGGAAGCCUGAUCUGUUGGGAGAACUACAUGCCGGCUGCGCGUAUGGCGUUGUACCAACAGGGCGUCGAGAUUUACGUCGCGCCCAAUGCCGAUGAUUUGCCCGCAUGGACAGCAUCGAUGCAGCACAUUGCCAAAGAAGGACGUUGUUUUGUUGUGUCAGUCAACUCUGUGUGCAAGGUUUCAGACUUUCCGUCCGACUAUCCGCCGUUUACGGCCGAGCACCCCGACCGGCGGCCGGACGGAGGGCAGUGGGAACCGGAAGACAUUGUCAACCACGGAGGGUCCUGCAUUGUCGGGCCGCUUGGAACAAUGCUUGCCGAGCCUGUGUGGGACAAGGAGGAAAUCGUCUAUGCCGACUUGAGAAUGGCAGAUAUCACAGAGUCCAGGCUUGACUUUGACCCGGUCGGCAGUUAUUCUCGGCCAGAUGUAUUUUCGUUGACGGUCAACACCAAGGCUGGAAUCAACGUGGCAUUUAGCAGCUGA